UGAUCAGGAGGCCCAAAACACGGAAAAUUGGAGUUCUAAAUGUCCAAAAAGUGAAGGGAAGUGAGAAUUAAAACUACGUUCUUCUUCUUCAUCUUCUUGAGUCACGGAGGUGGGUAUAGUAUUUCAGAUUGGUAUUCUCGAUUAAGCUUCUGCCUUCUCCUGAACUCUCCGAAUCUUCUUAGUUCGAUUCUUCCUCUGCUUAGCAAUGUCAAAACCCUCAUCGAGAGCCAUUCAGGGUCUCCUUCACCUUAAGCAGCACUACCAUCGUAUUCAAGUCCACCCCUGCAACUCAAGGUCACCCUUUUCGUCAUACCCAUCUCGCGCCAACACUUUCUCUUCCUCUUCUCCUCCUUCGCCUUUUCCACCAAAUGGAUUAUUCAAUUCCUUAAGUUCGGCCUCCCAUUUCCCCUCUUCGGAUCCUAAGCUGUUAUUCUCUUCCUCGAAAUGGGGUUUUACUCGAUUCCUCCAUUGCCGAUCUUUCUCUACUAAACCCAAAGCUUUUUCCUCCUCUGGGUUGAGGCAAUUCUCCUCGAAGGCUUCAGAUGUUGGGAAAAGAUUGGAUGUGGGUUUGGCCAAAAAGGUCUUUGAUAAACCAGCCACCGCUGUUACCUCUGCCUUUUCUAGGUACCGUGAGGCAAUUGGGCUGCAAAUUGAUGCUUUUUUCAAGAGGAAUUAUCUGCUUCUGAUAGGGGCAGGAGGAGUCAUAGUAUGUGCUUUGUUAUGGAGGAUAAUGUUCGGGAUUGCCAACACUUUUGUUGGCCUCUCUGAAGGCAUGGCUAAGUAUGGCUUCCUUGCGCUUUCUUCUGCUAUUGUUGCUUUCGCUGGCCUGUAUGCCCAUUCAAGAUUUACAAUCAAUCCCGAUAAAGUUUACAGAAUGGCCAUGAGGAAGCUUAAUACUUCUGCUGGAAUUCUUGAGGUAAUGGGUGCCCCUCUCUCUGGAACAGAUCUAAGAGCAUAUGUGAUGUCAGGAGGUGGGCUUACUGUGAAGAACUUGAAGCCAACUCUUAGGAGUAAGCGAUGUUUUCUUAUCUUCCCCAUACGAGGCUCUGAUAGAAAGGGUCUUGUCAGUGUUGAAGUUAAGAAGAAAAAAGGCCAGUAUGAUAUGAAGCUAUUAGCUGUUGACAUUCCCAUGGCAUCAGGACCUGACCAGCGUUUAUUCCUUAUUGGGGACGAAGAAGAGUAUAGGGUUGGUGGUGGACUAAUAUCUGAGCUCAGAGAUCCUGUUGUCAAGGCAAUGGCUGCUACCAAGGAAUUUGACGAUCUUGACAGAAUUGAGGACGAGGAGGAUGCUGAAAGAGAACUUCAGGAGGCAGAAAGAAAGCACAAUGAGGAAAUUGAAAAGCUUGAGAAAGAUGCUCGAUAGUGAUUGUUCUGAAGAAACUCUUGUUCUUCUCCUUUUCCUUUUGUUUGCAUUUCGGUUUUUACAAGUUCUUGAAAACAUGCCUGUGCGCCUUGACCAUUAAAGAUGCAGGGCGCUGGUGUUUUUAUAUGAGUUUCGAGUUUUGUAUGGAUUAUGGCAGCAACCUUUGGGCGUUUAACCACAAAAAUAAAAGCAUACAGUUAUUCUGAUUUUUACAUUCA